AUGGCGCCGAGCAAGCUGAGGGCGGCGCUGGGCGCUGUCAAGGACAGGACGAGCGUCGGGCUCGCGAGGGUGGGGGGCGCCGACGAGGUGGCCGCGGACCUCGCCGUGGCGAUUGUCAAGGCGACGGCGCACGGGGAGAGCGCGCCGGCCGACGACCGCCACGCCGAGGAGAUCAUCACGCUGACGUGCUACUCCCGGGCGCGCGUGGCGGCCUGCGUCGAGGCGGUAUCGCGCCGGCUCGGGCGGACGCGGGCGUGGGCCGUGGCGGUCAAGGCGCUGGCGCUGGUGCACCACCUUCUCGCCGACGGCGACCCGGCUUACGAGCAGGAGGUGUUCCUCGCCACACGCCGCGGCAGGCGCCUGCUCGACGUGUCGUCCCGCUUCCCCCACCGGUCGUCGCGCUCCCGUGCGCGCGACUUCUACGCGUUCGUGCGCGCCUACGCCGCCUACCUCGACGACAGGCUCAAGCACCGGAUGAAGGGCCGCGGGGGAACCGUAGCCAGCCAUGGCCGAUGGUGCCUCGAGGGUCGCCGCGACGGCUUCCCCGAAACCGGUGGGAGGUAUGAAGUGGGCGAAGUGGUGCCCGACGUCUGGGCGGUAGUGCCGAGGGAGCCACCGGCGACGGAGACGACGGCUGAGGAGCUCAUCGCCAAGGCGCAGCAUCUGAAGCACAUCCUAGACCGGUUCAUCGCGUGCCGGCCGACGGGGAAGGCGAGGACGAACCAGGUGGUGACGGCGGCGCUGCACAGACUGGUGAAGGAGAGCGCGGCGAUGUACAGCGAACUCACCGGUGUGAUGUCCGUGCUCAUCGACCGCUUCGCCAUGCUGGAAACCCCAGCUUGCGUUCGCGUACACUCCAUCUUCACCAGCGUCGCGACGCUGCUCGACGAGCUCGACGACUUCUACUCGUGGUGUAGAUUCGCCGCCAUCUGCCCCUCGUCCGAGAUCCCCGACGUCGAGCACGUCGCGCAGAAGAAGCUGGACCUCAUGGACAAGUUCAUCCGCGACAGGCAAGCGGCGCCGGCGCCGUCCAGCCCUCAUGCUCCCAUUGCCAGCAACGGUGGCAUAGACGCAACCAAGCCGCUCCCAGCGCCGGAAGUGAAAGGGGCUGAGCCGGCAGGUGCACUCGUCGUGGUCGACGACCACAUGGCCGACUUCUUACACCUCGAUGAAGAAACGACGCCGUUGUCGGCGGAGGAGCAAGAGCGGAAUCCGGCACGGUCACUGUUCGGCGGUGACCCAUUGACGCCGGCGAAGUGGGAGGCGUUCGACGACGAUCCAUCUGAUGACUGGGAGACAGCGCGCGUGCAGUCGGCUAGCAGGUUCGCCACCCAGCAGCUGAGCGCGAUGCAGCCGCCUCAUUGUGCGACGACGGUGCUUGCACUGCCACCACCGCCUGGAGCCACCGCCAGCCAAGCAACGGACCCGUUCGCGGCGUCGCUGGCCGUGCCUCCGCCGACGUACGUUCAGAUGAUGGACAUGCAGGCGAGGCAGCGGCUUCUCGCAAACGAGCAGAUGAUGUGGCAGCAGUUUGAGAGGCAACAGCUGGCAGCCUGGAAUUACAGCACGCCCUUUUAA